AUGGCUACUGUCGAGAAAGAAUAUUAUCUUCGUCAAUCCUCGAAGCCUCAAAACUGGACGGCAAGUCAAGAGAAGUCAAUCGCGAAGGAUUUUCCUUUCAGUGACAUCGCCCUCGAAACACCCGAUCAAUACGUCGCGCGGACAUACCUACAAUUCCUAUGGCUUCCCGAAUCAAUAGUUCCUCUCGAAUUCCUCAUCCCGGCCAUCCAACGCGUUCAAGUCGCGUCGACGUCGACGCAGCACCCGCUUCACGCCUUGUUAGAACCCCUCCUACUGACGCCACGCUCGGUUCGAAACAAGUAUCACGUCGAGCUCUCGCAGAUACUUACGGACAAUGGAGGAGCUGGGGAGAUAGAGGAGACGACGAUGUGGUAUGUUCUCAAUUACGAGAAGUUUGACCACACCACGGGGUCUGAUGAUGAGGCGCGAGCUUCUGACACAUGGCGGAAGAGUUGGUUGACAAGAAUGGAACGCCGCGAGUACGUCGUCGCGUUCUGCUACGAUCAAUUCGUAUUCACCAUGGACAGAGUUCUGGUGCAGAUCCUGCUGUACAUGCUCAAGUUAACUUUGCCCGCACAACCGCAACCGGAGCGCUCUCCGAAGAGGCGGAAACGGAAAGGACGCGCGGAUGAACCAGCGAACUCACUCGCACCCGAAGAUAUACUAGAAUCCUUCAUGGACAAACUUUCUGCAUGGCAGCACAUUCAAAACCUAGAAUCGACCGCAGGCACCAAAGAUAACCUUGACUGGAUGCAGAUAUUCUGCCAAGAUAUCAUUGAACCUCAAUUCAUAUCAUCGCUGCCGGAGGUUUGCGAGCUCUUUCGUUCUAAAGUCUUCCAGACUUCAGUUUUCUCCGAUGGUACUUCGACUCGUUCGUCUUCUCCGGAUCGUGAUGUAGAAGUCACAGCGCCCUCGCGUGCAAGCUCUCGAGCGGGCUCAGUAAUACCCGAAGGUGAUGGACAAGAACGAGCAUCGUCUAGUCGCACCCUAUCACGCGCACGGUCUCGUUCACUAUCUGUCUCGCUUGCUCAAGAGGAGAAAGCCCGGGCCGCAAGUGUUGGCUUCGUGAAGAAACGUGUACUCAAUCGAGAAGUCAGCAUGUCGAGGGCUUUCAAACCAAAACCUAAGGAAACAGCGAAACCAGCCGAGUCGACGAAGGCUAAGAGUAUGGCACCCUGGGUCAACAAGAAAUUGACAGAAGAUAAAGGGGUCACUCUCGUCGAAGAGACGCCAGAGAAGCCCAGAGCUAUGAUUCGAAGUACUUCCAAGGCGCGCCCAUUUGCUCUGUCGACUGUGGCCAAGCACGCUCUGCCUGAUAGUAGCAAGAGCUUCGAUGACGAUGAUGAAGAAGAGAUAUGGGAAUUACCUAAUAGUUCGCCCGACGUCCUUUUGUUGCGACCGAUUGAGGAAGAGCAGGACUUAGACUCGUAUUCGCUGAAAAGCAAACGUGUAUUCGUACCCGAUACACCUAGUAAGCGGCCACGCCGACAGUGA